AUGCCUUCAUGGUGGGGUAAGUCAUCAUCAAAAGAAGCAAAAAAGAAAACAACCAAGGAAAGCUUCAUUGACACCCUACACAAGAAGUUCAAAAACCCCGACAGCAAAUCCUCCUGUAGGUUGGGAGGUUCUAGAAGACGCUCGAGUGACAGUGUCUCCGAGAGAGGGUCCCAGUCACGGGCCCAGUCUAGGUCCCCGUCGCCAUCUUCCAAACAUGUGGCUCGAUGUCAGAGUUUUGCAGAGAGGCCUCAGUCCCAACCACUUCCUGUGCCAAGCCUUGGACUUCCCAAAGUCAACCGCACGAUUUCUGGAAUAACUGAACCGGUAAAGACAAAACAGGAAAGGGUUUCCAAAGCUUCAUUAUUCCUUCCUCUUCCUAGGCCCGCAUGCAUAAGGCAGAGGCUGGAGCCUGGGGACUUGGAUGGUGAUUUGGCAGUGGCCUCAAUCUCUAGUGAGUGUUCGAUUGAGAGUGACGAUCAGGUUGAUUCACGUCAACGUAGUCCACUGGUGACUGACUAUGAUGUCGGAUGUAGGACGACUGCUGGUAGCCCCACCAGUAUUUCUAAGGAUCACUUGCCUGUUGCGCCCUUAGUCUCGAGGCAGUCGCAAGUUCCUGUGAACCUCUCCUCCAAUAAGAUUAUCUCUUCUCCUCCUAGAAGACGACCUUUUAAUGGUCAAAUGGCGAAUUUACAGAUUCUGCAACAUGGGGCCUUGUGGAGUGCUCCCGAUAGCUCAAUGUCGAGUCCCUCUAGAAGUCCAAUGAGGGUCUCUGGUUAUGAGCAGAUUACGAGCACAGCUUUUACUGCUGGCAAACUCUAUCCAGAUUUUCCCUUCCUCGGUUCUGGUCAAUGCUCCAGUCCAGGCUCAGGUCAGACGUCUGGCCACAAUUCGAUGGGAGGAGAUCUGUCCGGGCAAUUAUUCUGGCAGCCCAGUCGAGGAAGUCCAGAAAUUUCUCCCAUACCCUCUCCAAGAAUGACGAGUGCUGGACCUAGCUCCAGAAUCCACAGUGGUUCUGUAACACCACUUCAUUCUAGAACUGGAGGAGGGUAUUCCGAAUCACAGAGCAACUGGCCUGAGGAUGCAAGACAGCAAAGCCACCGUUUGCCCUUACCUCCCAUAACCAUUUCGAACGCCUCGCCUUUUCAUCAGCAGAGUUCAGCUGUGACUUCACCUUCUGUGCCACGAAGUCCUGGACGAGCUGAGAAUCUUGCCAGCCCUGGCUCACGUUGGAAAAAGGGGAAGCUUCUUGGUCGAGGCACAUUUGGACACGUUUAUGUUGGUUUUAAUAGUGAAACUGGUGAAAUGUGUGCAAUGAAGGAGGUUACAUUAUUUUCUGAUGACGUAAAGUCCAAGGAAAGUGCGAAGCAGUUGGGACAAGAGAUUGCACUGUUGAGUCGCUUAAGGCAUCCUAAUAUUGUUCAGUACUAUGGAUCUGAAACGGUUGGCGACAAAUUAUAUAUUUAUUUGGAAUAUGUAUCUGGUGGUUCCAUCCAUAAGCUUCUACAAGAAUAUGGAAAGUUGGGUGAAUCAGCCAUCCGCAGUUACACUCAACAAAUUUUGUCAGGGCUUGCAUAUUUACAUGCCAAGAAUACUGUGCACAGGGAUAUUAAAGGAGCCAACAUACUUGUGGACCCAAAUGGACGUGUUAAAUUGGCAGACUUUGGAAUGGCGAAGCAUAUAACAGGGCAAUCUUGUCCCUUAUCAUUUAAGGGUAGUCCUUACUGGAUGGCUCCCGAGGUUAUAAGGAAUUCAAAUGGAUGUAGUCUAGCAGUUGACAUAUGGAGUCUUGGAUGCACUGUCUUAGAAAUGGCAACAUCAAAGCCACCUUGGAGUCAGUAUGAAGGGGUAGCUGCCAUGUUCAAGAUUGGAAAUAGUAAGGAACUUCCAACAAUUCCGGAUUAUCUCUCAGAAGAAGGGAAAGAAUUUGUGAGACUAUGCUUGAAACGAGACCCCCUGCAUCGUCCUACAGCUGCUCAGCUUCUUGAGCACUCUUUUGUAAAAACUGCCGCACCUUUGGAGAAACAAAUGCAGUGUUAUACAACAUCUUCCGAGCACCUUCCAAUGACUAAUGUCGUUAAACCUUCGAAAAUCAAUAAUGUGAGAAUUCUUCAGCAGCCCGAUCCAGAGAGACUCGCUAUCCACUCAUCCAGAAUAUUGAAAUCUAGUUUUCACUCCAGCGACAUUUACAUCUCGAGGAACAUAUCAUGCCCAGUCUCGCCUAUCGGGUCAAGGUCUCCCCAGUACCUUAGCGGCCGAAUGUCCCCUUCCCCAAUUUCCAGCCCCCGUGCUACAUCCGGCUCCACCACGCCUCUCCCGUUUCACAACCAACAAUCGCUGCCCAAUAUUUUGCAGCAGGAGGUUUUUGCAAAUUUACAAUCUGGCCCCUGCACCAGCAGCCCCUCCUACUGGGAUUCCGAAAUCCUCAGGGGGGUACAAUUGGGAGGAUCUUCUUCUCAUGCCUUUCGGGAGCUGACAGUUCCCUUUGAUAACAAACCGUCGGUUUUAUUUGAUCGUGUGUCCCAGCAGCUGCUCAGAGAGCCCGCCAAGUUGUUGAAUCAGUCUCUGGAUUUGAGGACUCCUUCUGCAUUGACUCAUGGCAAACCACCGUCAGUUCGCCACAUCCCGUCCGCCGUCGCCACCACCUGUCCGCCGCCGCAUCGCCUUCCGCCCGCUCGCUCUAGCUCAUCGUCGACCACCGCAAGCAGGCCCGUGAACGACGGCUUCUGCGCCUCCGGCGGCCGCAGGCGAAGGCGUCUGCAUCUCCGGGGGCUGCAAACGACGACGACUUUCGUCUUCUCCGGCGGUCUCAAUACAUUUGUCAUCUACUUCGUCCGCCCUGAGAGGUUGCAGCCGUCCAGCUAUCUCCGGCGUCUUGUUCGUGACGUUCAUCCUCCGUCGCCGUCCUUGCCCCGUUCCGCCAUUCCACCACCGCCGCUGCCUUGUUCAACCGUCCGAUCGCUGGCGGCGUCUCAUCCCUGA